CUUUAUUCUAUAUUGCUUCAAAAGAUAGUAUACUAAGAUGGCUAAAAGAGGAGCAGCUGAUCAAAUUACAAAGGACAAUCACGACGUGAGUCUGGAUAAUGAAGACCCAACUCCAGUCGUUACUGCGUCAGCAGAUGUGAUGGCUAAGAGAAAGAUUCUUAAACCAAGAGGUAGAGGAAACGCUACUAGUACGUUUUCUUUCAAGCCUAAACCAUCUAGCACACCAUCAGCGUUUGGUAAUGCGUUUGCAAAUGCUGCACCAAACGCCGGGGGGCUUUUUUCAUCGAACAACUCUUCAACAGCCAAUGCAUCUUCCGAUAAACAUGCUCAAAUCAAAGCAUUGAACGAUAAAUUUGUUGAUCAAAUACUCAAAGCAAAUAAGCCAGGUACCGUUGCCAACUUCAGUGCAAUUGCCAAAAAAUAUGUCUCUUAUUAUGAAGACAUUGAAAAGAAGUUUCAAGAAGAAUCCUUGGGACAUGUUAAUAAAAAACAACACCAGGCCCCCUCUACAUCAAGUUCAGCAGCUCCACCUUCUAAUGGGUUUAGUUUUGGUGGCUCAACCCCUAGCUUACCUGUGAAACCAAAGGUCCCCGAAUCCACUACUCAACAAUCUAAAGAAUCUGACUCCGAAUCAGAAGAAGAAGAAGUAAAGGUUGAAGGACCUCAAUUCACUUUAGCAUCUAAACCAACAGUGAAAAAAUCUCCUUUUACAUUUGGUCCCAAACCAACUAAAAAGCCCUCUUCCGAUUCUGAUUCCGAAUCCGAAGUGGAAAUUAAAGGUCCUAGCUUCACGUUCAAUAAACAGAUCAAAGACGAUGUUUUCAAACUUAAUAAUACACCAAAGGAAAACAACUCAACUAAACCAAGCUUCAAAUUUGGCUCUCAAGCAAAUAAUGAUGACGAUUCAAAACCAAAUCCAUUCGGCUUCCUUAAACAAGGCGAAAAGAAAGAAGAACCAAAACCUGCAUUCUCUUUCGGCGCCAAACCUGCUGAAGAAAAGAAAGAAGAAGCAAAACCUGCUUUUUCAUUCGGUUCUAAGCCUGCUGGAGAUUCAAAACCUGCCUUUUCAUUCGGUGCUAAACCUGCUGAAGAAAAGAAAGAUGAAUCAAAACCCGCUUUCUCAUUUACUCCAAAACCUGCUGGGGACUCAAAACCUGCUUUUUCAUUCGGUGCCAAACCUGCUGAAGAAAAGAAGGAUGAAUCAAUGCCUCCAUUCUCUUUCGGCGCCAAACCUGCUGAAGAAAAGAAAGAAGAACCAAAACCUGCUUUUUCUUUCGGUGCUAAACCUGCUGAAGAAAAGAAAGAAGAACCAAAACCUGCUUUUUCAUUCGGUGCUAAACCUGCUGGAGAUUCAAAGCCUGCUUUCUCCUUUGGUGCCAAACCUGCUGAAGAAAAUAAAGAUGAAUCAAAACCUGCUUUUUCUUUUGGUGCCAAACCUGCUGAAGCAAGCAAACCUUUCUCUUUCAAUUCUAGCUCGAAACCUUUCACCUUUGGCUCCUCCGAUGAAAAGAAAGACGAUCAACCAAAAUCGCUUUUUCAAGGGUCUGAUGCUUUCGGAACAAAACCAAGUACUGAGAAUCCUUUGUCUGGUUUAUCGAAACCAGCUUUUAACUUCGGUUCUUCUGCAACCUCAUCCAAACCAUUCGGCGGUAGCGCUGGCUUCAACUUCGGAGCUUCGUCUAACAAUCAAACUAAUAAUGCAGACUCAAGUAAACAAGAAAGCGAAUUAGUCCCUGAAGAAGAAACCGGUGGUGACUUCAAACCGGUUGGGUCUUUGUCCAACGAAAAAAUUGAUACACCAUCUACAGGGGAAGAAAAUGAAGAAGUUUUAUUUGAAAAGAAAACUAAACUCAUGUUAUUCGAUGCAUCUAAUACUGCAAACCCAUACACUUCUAAAGGUUUAGGUGACUUGAAGGUUUUGAAAAACAAAGAAACCAAUAAAUCAAGAAUUUUAGUCAGAGCAGAAGGUGGUUUAAGGGUUUUAUUGAAUACUUCAAUUAAUAAAGAUAUGAUUUAUGACACCAUUGGCAAUGGGUCAUUGGUUAGAGUUCCUACCAUCAAUCCAGAUGAUAAAUCUAUCGAAACUUUUGUCAUGAAAGUCAAAACUCCAGAUGAUGGUAAAAACCUCUUAAGUGCCAUCAAUAACGCCAAACAAUAAUUUAAGAUCAUUAUUGUAUUUACUCAUGAAUCAUUCAUUGUACCAUAUUUAAAAUAAUAUUAUUUCUCC